UAUGGCGGUACGCAGAGAGGCCAGAUAUAACCUCAAUCCCGAGAAGUCUUCGAAGAGAAGCUACAAGGGUUUGACAGAAAAUUGUUUGGAAUUAUGGCGACAACUCGCUUCGUUGUUGACCGAUCCAAAGAAACUAUCGUUGAUAACCAAGUUUUUCAUUCUCGCCGAAAUAAUCGUGAACAUAUUGGUUAUCGAAAACGUGUCAUACACCGAGAUUGAUUGGAGGGCCUAUAUGCAGGAGGUGGAAGGAUUCCUGAACGGCACCAUGGAUUACUCCAAAUUGCGAGGUGAUACCGGACCGUUAGUUUAUCCCGCCGGCUUCGUCUACAUAUUCUCCGGUCUCUAUUAUAUGACCUCACGCGGCGCCGAUAUAAAGACAGCGCAGUAUAUCUACGCGGUCGUAUACGCGAUCACGUUGAUGCUCGUGUUUAAAAUUUACUCCAGGACUAAAAAAGUGCCGCCUUACGUGCUGAUUCUGAUGUGCUGCACUUCUUACAGAAUACAUUCGAUAUUUGUUUUGAGACUCUUUAACGAUCCGAUAGCGAUGUUACUGCUGUACGCGAGCUUCAACGCAUUCCUGGAUAAUCGCUGGUACCUGGGUAGUGUACUGUAUAGCCUUGCUGUAUCUGUCAAGAUGAACAUACUGCUAUUCGCUCCAGCGCUUCUUGUCGCCUAUCUGUGUGUUCUAGGACUGUUCAAAACAUUGAUACAUUUAAAUAUCUGCGCAUUCAUACAGUUAAUUCUAGGUCUUCCAUUCCUAUUGGAGAAUCCAAUCGCGUACAUAAAAGGUGCUUUCAAUUUGGGUAGAAUUUUUGAAUUUAAAUGGACUGUAAAUUGGAGAUUUUUGUCAGAGCAGGUAUUUGUUCAUCCAUACUUUCAUAAUUUUUUAUUAUUUCUGCAUGUGUUAACGUUGCUCUACUGUUUGCGCAUUUGGAUUGUUUACAUGGAAUCAUACGCAAAAUUGAAAGAUGUGGAGAAGAACUUGAAGCCUCAGAUUCUUAAAAAAGAGAAGAUAGAUAUGUCUAUCGUAAGCCAAUUGCUUGUUUAUCCUCUCUUUCUUGCGAAUUUUAUUGGCAUCAUGUUCAGUAGAUCGCUGCAUUAUCAAUUCUAUGUAUGGUACUAUCAUACAUUACCGUACAUUGCCUGGUGUACAGAUUAUAAAACUGUUAUUAAAUUGACUCUUUUGGGCGUGAUUGAACUGUGUUGGAACACAUAUCCAAGUACAGUGUUCAGUAGUGCGGCAUUACACAUAUGCCAUAUAAUCCUGUUAUAUGGUACUCUUAAAACUAAAUCAGAUAAAACAAUAGAAAAAUAGUAAAUACAUAUAUAUGUUGAAUAUUGUGUUUCCAUCUAAUAGUUUUCCUGUAUCAUUUGUAUUUAGAAUGCAUAAAGUAAUGAGAAUGUCAUAUGAUGACAUUUCCCACCAAAGUUUUGAUCUUAUCAUACAUUCAUAUUCUGUUAUAUGUGUGUCUGUGAAAUUAAAUAUAUGUUCAUCUCACAUUUUGAGAUUUGUAAGAUUGUUUAAUGAUUCUUGAAUCAUGCAAAAAAAAAAAAUAUAUAUAUAUAUAUCUUUUGUACAGUUUGUAAUUGAAUAAAUUUAA